CCUCCUGAGUGCUGGAAUUGCAGGCAUGUACCACCAUGCCCACCCCACAGGAACCUUUGAAAUAGCAGGCGAGAGGCAGGCACCAGAUUGUGAGAUGAAGAAGGGUACAGUGGGAAGCAAGCAGAAAGAGCACAUGUGCAUUAGAAACCUCAUUGCCAUCUUCAGUGCUUGGAAAUGCACCUGUGUUCCAAAGAAUGCGCAGGCAAUGGAGAACCGGAACCUGGAAGAGGAGGCACCUUCCUGGAAGGGGAAGAAACCCAGCCCUUCAGCCAGGAGGAAGCGGACCUGGAGCUGUUGAGGCUGUUUGACCUGGCCUGGCAGUAUGGGCCUUGCACAGGUAUCACACGGCUGCAGCGCUGGCAUCGGGCAGAGCAGCUGGGUUUGGAGCCUCCCCCAGAAGUACGCCAGGUGCUGAAGACCCACCCUGGAGACCCCCGCUUCCAGUGCAGCCUCUGGCAUCUCUACCCCAUCUAAGGUACCACUGGGACUGUCCUGCUCUUGGCACCUGCUGGCUACCAAAAACUUCAGGACACAAUCUACCACCAGUUGUUGCUGCUCAGCUCAGCUCUGGGGAAACAAUUGGCAGGCUGACUCUGGAGGUCUUCCUGGAUCAGCCUCUCAUCUGUCUAAGCAGCAGGCUCUUAAAGCCCCAGAGAGCCCAUGCCCCUGAACCUGAUCACCUCCAGGACCUAACUGUGACCUUCCAAUGCUUGCCACAUCCUCUCUGACUUAUGUAGUAUGGCAGAGCAGCAUAGCCUGGCACAAAGCCAGAUGCAGGCAGAUGACCUAAAAGGUCCACCUUAUGCUGGCUGAGGGCAGGACUGGCCAAGCUUAUGGGUCAAAGGGCUCGCUAAUGCUUACAAUAAAGAACAUUAAGCCUGGACUCUUGA